AUGCCAGCCCCAGCUCCAGCACCUCGCACACUGUACGAUAAGGUUUGGGACGACCAUGUCGUACACCAGCAAGAGAGUGGGGAGACGCUCAUUUACAUCGAUCGUCACCUUGUACACGAAGUUACGAGUCCCCAAGCCUUCGAAGGCCUCCGAACCGCUGGGCGGCCAGUACGCAGGCCCGAUUGUACAUUAGCCACCGUCGAUCACAAUGUUCCAACUAUCUCCCGCAAAAACUUUACUGACGUGAAAACUUUCAUCGACGAGCCAGAGUCCCGCGCUCAGUGUGUUGCACUUGAGGAAAAUGUCAAAGAGUUUGGCUUGACAUAUUUUGGGAUGUCAGACAGAAGACAAGGUAUUGUCCACAUCAUUGGUCCCGAGCAAGGAUUCACACUCCCUGGCACUACCUGUGUCUGUGGCGACUCACAUACCUCAACACAUGGGGCCUUCGGCUCGAUUGCCUUCGGGAUUGGCACUUCCGAAGUCGAGCACGUCCUUGCUACGCAAACUCUCUUGCAGAGGAAAUCAAAGAACAUGCGAAUAAAGGUCAAUGGAACCCUCCCUCCCGGUUGCGCUUCCAAAGAUGUUAUCUUGCACAUUAUCGGGAAAAUUGGGACAGCUGGAGGCACCGGUUGCGUCAUCGAGUACGCGGGGAAUGUUUUCGAGGAGAUGAGCAUGGAAGCCCGAAUGAGCGUUUGCAACAUGAGUAUCGAGGCUGGUGCUCGCGCCGGGAUGGUUGCCCCCGACGAAGUUACGUUUAAGUACCUUAAGGGCCGUCCGCUCGCACCCAAGGGGGAAGAAUGGGAACGCGCCGUGGCAUAUUGGCGCACGCUUAAAUCGGACCAAGGCGCUAAGUUUGAUAUUGAAGUGAACAUACGCGCGGAAGAUAUCGUUCCUACCAUCACAUGGGGGACCUCGCCUCAGGAUGUCGUUCCGAUCACUGGAGUUGUCCCGGACCCUGCCUCCUUUACUGAUCCUAUUAAGAGAUCCGGCGCCGAACGGGCGCUGGCUUACAUGGGCCUCAUACCGCACACACCAAUGCAAGAUAUUGACGUCGACACGAUCUUCAUUGGCUCAUGCACUAACAGUCGCAUCGAGGAUUUGCGGAGUGCUGCUCAAGUCAUCAUCGCAGCCACUUCUGCUGAUCCAUCCAUCAAAGUUCCAGGCAACGUUCACGCCAUGAUUGUUCCCGGUUCUGGCCUCAUCAAACAACAGGCUGAGGCAGAGGGCCUGGAUGCUGUCUUCAAGCGUGUUGGCUUUGACUGGAGAGAGGCUGGCUGUUCGAUGUGCUUGGGUAUGAAUCCCGAUCAACUUUCACCUGGCGAGCGCUGUGCCAGUACGAGCAACCGAAACUUUGAAGGAAGACAAGGGGCGGGAGGCCGCACUCAUCUGAUGAGCCCUGCGAUGGCUGCCGCCGCUGCUCUCACCGGGAAGUUGACGGAUGUGCGCAUAUUCUUGAAGAAGGGGUCAAAUCUGGAUCAAACGAAGCUCAAAGUGACAAGCGCGUUCGAUUACCUCACGGAUGAGGUGCUACCCCCACCUAAGCCUGUGCCCCUCUCGGAUUCACCGUCAGCAGCAGCGUCGGCGGCUAGAGCGAACUCGACAGAAACUGAUUCUGUAUCAGUUGCCGCGACUUCGUCAGCCGUUCCCCCAUUCACCAUUGUCAAAGGUGUCUCUGCGCCACUGGACAUUGCCAACGUCGAUACCGAUAUGAUCAUCCCUAAACAAUUUCUCAAGACGCUAAAGCGUACUGGUUUAGGGGACGCCCUAUUCCAUACUUUAAGGAAGGAUCCAAAGACUGGUGAGGCAACGGAGUUUGUUCUCAAUCGAUCACCGUAUGACAAGGCGGUCAUUCUCGUGUGCACUGGGCCAAACUUUGGGUGCGGCAGCAGCCGUGAACACGCGCCGUGGAGUUUGAAUGACUUUGGUAUCCGAGCCGUGAUCGCCCCAUCCUUUGCUGAAAUCUUCAAGAGCAACAUGAUGCAGAAUGGCAUGCUUCCGGUCACCCUCCCACCUGAAGAGUGUAAGAAAAUAGCCGAUCAUGCCCGUUCCGGAAAGCAUCUCGAGGUCGAUCUCGAGAAAUGCGAAGUUCGACGCGAUGGUGAGGAACCCGCUAUCCCGUUCCAAGUGGAUUCCUUCAAGCGUCACUGUUUACUGAACGGUCUGGACGGUAUUGGUUUAACGUUGCAAAAGCAAGAGUUCAUCAAGAAAUUCGAGGAGAAACGGAGCGAGGUGUGGCCCUGGCUCGACGGCUUUGGGUAUGCCAAAGGUGGUGGACGAGUCCCCGAAGUCCCGGUAUCGAAAACAGGGAAGAAAUUCGACUGGUGA